UAUGAUCACAUAAUAACCAAAGCUCUAUACAAACGAUACUGUGAAAGCUCUUUAACAUCUUAUAAUGUCAAGCCAAUCUCUAGUCCAAAAAAAAGGCCAUAUUGUGCUAGUUCCAUUUCCAGCACAGGGCCAUAUUAACCCCUUUAUGCAGCUAGCCAAGCUCUUACACUCAACAGGCUUCUACGUAACUUUCGUCAACACCGAAUUUAACCAUGCUCGUCUCCUCCGGUCUAAAGGCCCGGAUUUCUUCACCGACUUGUCGGACUUUCGGUUUGAGGCUAUACCCGAUGGGCUACCGCCAUCAGACCGGGACGCCACCCAAGAAGUUUGGGCCCUAUGUGAUUCGCUCCGGAACAAUUGCUUUGAUCCUUUUAGAAAUUUAUUGGCUAAGCUGAAUUUAAACCCGGAAUUGGGUCGAGUUAGUUGUAUAAUCUCUGAUGGUGUUAUGGGUUUUGCAACGAAGAUUGCGCAAGAAUUUGGGAUUCCUGAUGUUCAAUUUUGGACUGCCUCAGCUUGUGGUUUCAUGGGGUAUUUGCAGUUUAAUGAACUCAUCCAUAGAGGCAUAGUUCCUUUCAAAGAUACAAACUUUACAAAUGAUGGCACUCUUGAAACUCCAAUUGAUUGGAUUGAAGGUAUGAGCAACAUGAAACUCAAAGACAUACCAUCCUUCAUCAGAACAACCAAUCCCGACGAUAUCAUGUUAAAUUUCUUGAAAGACGAGGCCGAAAACUGCUUAAAAGCAUCGAAAAUCGUCUUCAACACAUUUGAUGAACUUGAACAUGAAGCUUUAAACGCAAUUAGGGCAAAAAUUCCUCAUAUGUACAACAUAGGACCACUUUGCAUGCUAGAAAAUCACAUUCCUUCUUCGCGUAAACAAUCCACGUCGGAUUUGAAGCUAAAUUUAUGGAAAGAAGAUUUCAGAUGUCUUGACUGGCUUGACAAAAGAAACCCUGGAUCAGUUAUGUACGUAAAUUAUGGUUCUAUUACAGUUAUGUCAGAGGAGGACUUCAAAGAAUUUGCAUGGGGUCUUGCUAAUAGUAACCAUCCAUUCUUGUGGAUAGUCAGAGCGGACGGAGUGAGAGGCGAUUCUGAAAUCCUGCCCGAAGAGUAUUAUGAGGAGAUUAAAGAAAGAGGACUUAUAGCAAAUUGGUGUCGUCAAGAUCAAGUGCUAUCUCAUCCUUCAAUUGGAGCGUUUCUAACGCAUUGUGGAUGGAAUUCGACGUUGGAAAGCUUAUCUAAUGGUGUUCCUCUUCUCUGCUGGCCGUUCUUUGGUGAGCAACCGACGAAUUGUCGGUAUUCGUGCACGACCUGGGGGAUUGGUAUGGAAAUUGAUGGAGAGAUUAAGCGCAGUGAAAUUGAAAAGCUUGUUAAGGAAAUGAUGGAGACUGAAAAGGGAAAGGUGGUGAAGGAAAAUGCUUUAGAAUGGAAGAGAAAAGCAGAAAUAGCAACUAAAAUUGGAGGAUCAUCUUACCAAGAUUUUAACAGAUUUAUCCAGGAGAUUCUACUUUGAAAACAACCAUAUAUUGAACUUAAAUGUCCUUCAAUCAACGUUUUCUGUUUUGGAAACAUGUUAAAAAUUGAGUGUUUCAGACACGAAACUUCAUUUUUUAACACAAAAAAACCUUAAAAUAAUAUGGUUUCGUACGGUUCAAGUGUCUUGUUUUGUAUGGGCUGCAUAGUCUAUGAGGAUAAUGAAAAAGUGAUAAUGUACCCUCAAUAAUGAACUUAUUAAUUAUUCUCUUUGAUUAAUAAAGUUCAAUCUUUCCUCUAAAAAAAAAAGAGUUUGUAAUCUCAUAAUAAAUUGCCGGUUUGUAA